AUGCCUUUGCCUCAUUUUGGUAUCACGCAAGAGGUGAGGGUGUGUGACAGCUGCUACACUAAGUUAAACAAGAAGUCGAACAAGAUCCAUCGGCCGUCUCAGAGCCUUUCAAGCUCUCGCCAUAGGUCUGCCCGAGACCUCGCUGAUGCGGAACUACAACGCGCUAUUCAAUUAUCUCUGGAAGAAGUUGGUGCAGCAGGUGGACGUCGACCUGGAUAUGUUCCAUCUCCCUCCUCAUGGCAAUCUUCCGAGCCUCCUCUAGUCGAUCGGAAAACACGCCCAUAUGCAGGCUCGUCUACAAUACGAGAUGAGGAAGAUGACCCAGACCUCAAAGCCGCUAUUGAGGCAAGCCUGCGCGAGGCUAGCGCACCCAAGCCCAGUGCCCCUUUCAGUAUCGAGACACCGACAUCCGAACAACCAUCGUCAUAUGCCAACGGAUAUGGGUUCCCUCAGUCUUAUCCUCCAUCUUCUGCUACGCCGAAGCCGAAGGCUCUUACUUCGCCAAAUUACGAUCUAGAGCCGUUGGAGGCCGAUGCGAUACUGACCUUUAACCAGACGGUUGGACAAGUUCAAGCCCAGGGUAUUACAGAUUUGUCUAGGUAUCCUGCGGUCACGGAGCUAUACGAUAAGGCUAGCGCUCUGAGGCCCAAGUUAGCCAUGAGUCUCAAUGACACAGGUCGAAAAGAACAGGCCCUCCAAGAGAUGCAUGAGAAGCUUUCACAAGCUGUCAAACUGUAUGACAACCUCUUAACUGAACAGGUUUCGCGCCCAGCUUGGAGAUCCCCUUCUACCGUACCGUCGACCAGUUAUCAGCAUGUAAACGCUGGCUACGCGCCUCAGUAUCGACCGGCCGAUGGUGUUUACGGACAGUGGGCAGCGGAACCCCAGGCACAGACACCGGUGUCUCCUCGAACGCAAGGACAAUACCGCGCUCCUGAAUCCUCAUAUUACGACUCUUCGCAGCAUGAGCCCCGAAGCCCGGUCUCAGCUGGGACUUACACAGCGUCUGUGGGGCUUUCCUCUUUAAAUGCACAGAGGCAAACUGCUGGGCUUGAGCCUCAGCAGUUUGGUUCAUCCUCCCUGCCUCUGUCAUCGGCUUAUCAGCCACUCGCUCGAUCACAUACUGUUGCGGCGCACCCUGCGCAUGCCCCACCUCCACCCCCAUCCACCUACCUCCACCGACACAAUACGACUUCGCAUGCUCCUCAGCAACUUCAUCAGCUACAGCAACUCACCACUCCUCCUCAGUUGCCGAAUUUCCCAGUUGCGCCUACGGUACUCCCUCAACAAUAUUCUACAUACGAGUCGCCUGCGCCUUCAGUAGCUGAGUCUGAGAGGAAAGAGGCUUUAUUGAUUGAUCUCUGA